UCAGGCCGCAAACGUUGAGUUGACAGAAUGCUAAGUAAAUUGGCACUUCUCGUGACUGAGGUAGUUUGCUAUGUAAGUCUAUGUACGAGGCGUUUGGCGCGACAGAGCAUCAUAUAGGGCAAGUUCCGCGCUUUAUCCCUGCUGUUUACCGGGGAAUAAUUGCUGUUUUGCGCACCUGUGGGUGUGAGGAGACUGGCGCCGUCUGUGAUUAGUCAGUGGAACGCAGACUGCUUGCGUGAGAUACAAUGACAGCAUUUCAACGAUAGAUGGCAUUCCAGUUAAACCGUGCUGUUCUAAGCAACGGCCCUGCAGUUGAAGAGCGGAUCUUGCCUUUAAUCAAAAUUGGGGGCUUCAUCCGAUACUUUUAGACUAUUAGUAUACAACAUAUGGGCCUAAACAUCGAUAGUGUAAUGUGCUAUGGUACACUGCCCGGUUAGGUUUUUUUUUUUUUUUAACUUUCCAAGUUAGCCUAACAUAUCAAAUACAUUUGGAUUAAAUUACUUGCUCAAAGGUGUUCUUAAGAUAGAGAGGGAUACAUUUAAGUAAACGCUCGUUAUGCCUUAACACAUUAGAGUAAGUAAAACCUGCAUUUGGUUGUUUCUAUAAAGUCUUCUUUAGAAAUCUUUCUUCUCCUUAUAGCCUAUCUUUUAAUUUUUGCCUUUUCCCCAUUUUGCCACACUUUCCCACAAGUUGUAUUUUAUUUAUUUAGUAGAGGAACUGCUACAUUGUCCAACUCUUUGUAGGCUAUACACAGUAAAAAUAAUAAUAAUAAUAAUAAUACAUUUUUAAAAGAGAGAGAGAGAGAGAGAGUGAGAGACCAUUGGGAACAAAACUGCAUGAUAUUUUGUUAUUUCUACUUGUCUUCAGCUUCUGGCAGUACUUCUUUUAGGGCUGCCUGCUAACCGAUUGGUUCACUUUGCCACAUGACGCCCACUAUAUGGCCCGCCCGUCAGCAUCUCCAAGGCAGAGACCGCCGCGGAGCGCAAACCUACUAUCAACUAUGAAUAUGUAACCUACAUCCUUGGGUCGGAUAUGCAUACAAACCAUAUUACCUCGAGCAGCUUCAGUACUAUUCACAAGUCGCAGGAUUCCCCCACACUACCGGUGUCAUCUGUGACCGACAGCAACUUCUACAGCAGUCCACAGGGUGGUCACUGCACAGGGACCGCGUACGCGCAACUGGCCUCUUAUUCCUAUCAUCCUGGUGCAGUGGGUAAUGUUCAUUACAGCCCCAAAGCUUACGAUUUAGGUUAUGCCUCUUCCUAUGGCGCUUAUGGAACAUAUGGACCCAGUUCUUCACCCACACCAACCGAACCAGAGAAAGAGGAAAGUGAACCGGAGGUGCGCAUGGUGAAUGGAAAACCAAAGAAAGUUCGGAAACCACGAACCAUCUACUCUAGUUUCCAGCUGGCGGCUCUCCAGCGAAGAUUUCAGAAGACCCAAUAUCUCGCGCUCCCAGAACGCGCCGAACUGGCGGCGUCUUUGGGCCUCACGCAGACGCAGGUGAAGAUAUGGUUUCAGAAUCGACGCUCAAAAUUCAAAAAGUUGUGGAAAAACGGCGAGAUUCCCCCAGAGCAGCAGGUUGCUUCCGGUGACUCUCCCUCAAGCACUCCUCCACCACAAACAGGUUGGGAUUUCGCCCCGAGCCAAGGACCGAACGACGGGGAAACAGUUUCAGAGCAGCCCGCAGGUCCACCAAACACCACCAUCCCAUCUUUCUUAACAAACUAUUCAUGGUACUCAUCCACGAACACUGUUACACAUCUACAACCCAGUACCUUAAUACAACCUCAUCUCAACUCUGCAAUGAGUGCAGGGACCAUAUUCUAACAGAGGACAAAAAGUGGCCGAAUACACCUGUUGGAGGUGGAGAUAUUAUAAUCUUGUCACUGGACUUGUAUUUUAGGAGAACAUUAAUUUUGAAAUAUAUUUUCAGGCUGAGUUGGCUAAAUAUGUUUGCAGUGGAAUUCUUUUGCGCAACUAAUGCGCUCAAGCAACAAAUCAACGCACAUUAAAUUAUUUUUCUAUUUAUUUAUUUGUUUUCGUUAUGAAAUUGAAAAGGGGUACACAGAUUUGUUUCUUUCAUAUUCCCAGUACAAACGGGUAGCCAUGUUUCGUGUGUUGUACAGAAUAUAUUAGGUUUAGUGAUUAAUAAAGCUUCUACAACCUGCAUUCAUAAUUAAAUGUGCUUUUUACUAUCAAUGAACGUAUUGUCCGUUCAUUGUUUCGUUUUCUCUGCAUCAAUCCAGGGAUUUUGUGACUAUGAGUUCUUCCAUUUUUGCUCUGUAUAAAAAAACAAACUUAAUCUUCACUGGAUUGUAAGGCUCUGUGGGGUUGACAUGUAAAGUGUGCGGUAAUAUUUUGUCAAAUGCAAUUUUCUUGAAGUUGCUCGAA